GAACCGUUCAUGCCUCGUGUUAUCUAUGAGAUUCCAUUACCGAAAUCUGGCCCUGUGCUAAUUCAUAGGCUGCAGGAAGAUCGAAGAUAACGAUUCUAAACAAAGACGCACGUCCUUCCGUCAUCUGCACUUCCAAGGGCUGUGCACUUACCGCUUCUUCGUGAUUCUCAGCUCGUAGCAAUUGCGCAUCACGACGAACCGUGCGCGAUUUUGAGUCAAGUGAGGCUUUUAAUCAAUAUACAUCCUACCUCAACAUGGCUACGCAUCACGCCCGCCACCCAUCGCAUCACUCUAAAAAGGCGCAUUCAACCUACGCAAGGACUUCAAGGCCUGCCCCUUCAUCGAAACGUUCAGGUUCCCACGGAAGGAAAGCCAAUUCGCACGCCGUUCAGCACCGGGAAGUGGUUGAAGACGAAGACGAGGAUCCGAUGGCUGUGAGCUUCCUGAACUACUGUACUGUCUGCGAAAAGCAAAUCAUCGUUCCAAGUAACUCGGUGUUGUACUGCUCGGAGAGCUGCAAGAAGAAGGACGCUGAGAAGUGCUUGGCAUAUUACGACUACUCACCACCAACCACACCCUUCGCCAACUUCACAUUUGACGACCUCCACUUCCCUGACAUCAUCCCGCAACGCUCGCCUACCCAGUCCCACUCCAAGCGCAACUCGUAUGCCUCUUCAGAAGGCUCAGUAGAUGAUGACUACCACCGCUCGGACUCUGAUGCCUCCAACUACCUUCGCCAAUUUCAGAACAUAUCCAAUGGCAAUGACACUGUCCGACCAAUCCGUCCCCGUUAUGAGCGCGCAUCAACCUCCUCGGCCAACUUUAGUGCAGCACCUUCCCUGUCGCAUACCCCUGCGUCGUCGUAUAGCUUCUCACUCCCGUACACACCAUACACCCAACCCUCCAACAACCGACCACUACCACGCAGGACCCACGGCUCAUCGUACGCAUCAAAAUCCAUCGACCUCGUCAUGCCCAUGACCGGCCCUUCAAGUCCCAAGCAGUAUUGGCACAAGGCGCCGCCCGUCUCUAGGACGUCCAUGAGUACCAUCGAAGGCGAAAUCAUGUAUGCGAAAUCGCCGGUCCCAUCAUUGUCGCCUGCCAACGGGAGUCUCGGCCGGUUACUUGGAUCGACGCCUCGACAGUAGAGCAUUACUUCUCUUCACGACACCAACUUUACACAUACAAUUUUUAAUGCAUUGCCCUGAGGGACUGCUAUGCAGGCGUAGCUUGGCAAGACAUAGUUUUUUUUUAAACAAAAGUUAUUCAUUGAAGCAUACUAUGCGCAUCGCGCCAGUGCGGACGACGGCAUGGUACAGAAAUUAGAUAGUCACAACGAUACCAAUUCAACGAGCACUCAAUGUGCUCCAUCCCAAU